AUGGAGGAGGGAGAGGCGGCCACCGCCGCUGCUGAAGCAGCUCUCGCGGCCAAGGAAGAAGAGGUGAAGGUCAUGAAGGCGUCAGUGGCCAGGGAUCGGGAGAAGCUCGCGCGGGACAUCGCGAGGUCGGACGUGCUUCAACAGCAGCGUGAGCGGCGAGAGCAGGAUCGUGUCAGCAAGGCUGCUGAAGCGGCGACUUCCAAGCUUCCCCCUCUCGCGCUGAAGUUUGUCGAGGACUCUGUGCAAUGGCUGAGGCCCAAGACUGGCGAGCUCACCACCCUGCAGCAGUCGCGGAUGAUUCUCAUGCUGUACUUCGACCUGGCAAAAGGAGGCAGCUCUGAAAACCACGCCAAGGAGCAGGUCGCGAAGACCUUGAGGAUCGGUACGGACGAGGUCCUGACGGUUCGCACACUCUGGUAUGACAAGCAGGAGUUGUACGAGACCAACGGGAAGGGGCGAGGCAAGGCCACCAGCGUCGACGACGGGCGACGUGUCAUCACCAAGGAGCAAGAGGAUGGCCUGAACGAGUUCAUCAAGGGCGAGCACGAGGCGGGACGUCAGGUCUUCCGCCGUACCGUCAAGGAUUGCUUGGAGUGUUUGUACGGAUUAGAGAUGUCGAAUCGUGCCGUGGGAGGGUUCCUGCAGCGCCUUGGCUUCAAGCGCCGUAGGGGUAGGAUCAAAAUACCUCCGUUGAACGAGGAGAGGAACAACCGCAUCCGCCUCUUUCUUGCGCAUGGUUCCGCGUACACGUACUUUCCUUCUGACGAUAAGGGGGUUGUGCAGGAUGGGAUAGGCCGUACAACGGGGAAACGUUUGCGUAUGAUCAAAGUGCAUGCGAUCACGAAGCACGGGCCCUUGGCCGAGCUGCAGGAGGGAUUUUCUAUCCGUGAGGGUUGGUUCAAGGCUAUGGAAAAUCGUGCGACGAAGAUUAAGCCUGGGGAGGCGGAUUUCGACACGUCAGAUAAGCAGACAGCAGAAUUUCUGUUGCAGGCCAGUAAGAAGUACAACGUCGAACUCUUGCGGAAGUACGGUUGCACGUUGUUCAAGGUGACGCGUGAGUCGGAGGGUAAGGCUGCUGGUACAACUUUGAGGUGCCGGCGCAGGGGUCGUUACCCAAUGCGAACCGCGAGAAUGGCGUCAGCAAAGAAGAGAUAG